UUAUGUUGUAUAACUCAAUGUUUUUACUCUGGAACAAGAUGUCUAUUGUGUUGUAUUUUGAAUUUUGAGUAGCGGUUUUCAACCGUUUUACCGUCGUGAGUGCCGUGGGAAAAAUAUUUGAAGUAAACAGAAAAGUUGGUGUAUUAUUUGUUUUGUGAUCUUAUUUAUUAUUUUUUUUUGUUAAUUUCAUACGUCGAUUGAGUCAUUACCUUUACUUUGUUGUUUAAUUUCAAUUAAAAGUUGCUAUUAUAGGACAUUUGUGCUGCAGUUUUUUCAAUUGUUCCAUCAGUAGACAAUAGAUAAGCAAAUCCCUAAAAUUGCUACAAAAAUGGAGUCAAUGGAAGACCGCAUUAACAAGCUAAGGGAAGAGCGAAUAGCGAGGGAAAAGGCGCGGAUUGAGAAGUUACGGGAGCUGAAUCUCAAAAAGUACAACAAAAUUGAACCACAGUUGAAGAAUGCGCCAUCAAAUACAACAAUAAAUAAACCAAUUAAAAAUGACAAAUUUGAUCAGCACAAAAAGGCAUCUUCCGUGGUAAAAAAUAAUUUUCAUGUCAAUGGUACUACUAAAAAACCAAUAACAAUGCCAAUUGUUAAAAAGACUUCAUCAGCAAUAGAUGCGAAACCAAAGAAUAAAUUUGAUACUAAUCCAAAAAUUGAUAAAUCAAUGACUGAAAAACCCAAAAGUGAGGGUAAUAAGAUUGCAAAUGCUACAAGCUCUAAAACUGCCUUGAAUGACCGAAAAGAGGUAAAAUCAGCUAAAUUUGAGCCUAAACUUGCCAGGAAAAGCCUUGCUGUUCCUAAAAGAGCCGUUUCUCAACCUACCACAGUGAGUCGUAAGAGUAUGCUACCUAAACCAUUGCAGACAUCCUCGGAAACAGUGUUUGACCGUCUCUACAAACCGAAAAUGGUGACUAAGGAGCACCUUGAUUCUGUGAAAAAGUUGCAAACUGAUCCAAAUUAUUUGCAAAGGGUUAUUAAAAACUCAGGACUAAUUUUAAAUAAAAGGCACACUUUAUUUGAAACAAAACAAAAGCCAAAUGUACCAGUACGUAGGUCGAUAUCAGCAGUGCAUUUCAAACGAAUAAGCAAGAAUGAGAUCCAAAACUGCAUCCAUAAAUGGUCAUCUAUUGGUGAUAAAAUGAAUAAUGUUCACUUAAAAGACAUUAAUGAAGAUGAAAAUAUAAAAGAGGACAAGGUUGUCUCUGCAGUUAAAUCUGAAAGGAAGCGAGUGACUUUCAUGACACCAGUGCCGCAGAAUUUCAACACUCCACGCCCAGAAGAGCUUCAAGCAAGGCUUAAAAACUGGCUCUACAAGCGUGGAAAGUCGCUGGACUCAUACCAUCAUUUACAGUGCUUCGGUAUUAAUCACCUAGUGCCUAGGGAUUUGAAGCUUGACUUUGAGGCUAUUAAAUAUGAUGAUGAUGAAAAUAAGGAGAAUAUUGCACUGGAAUCAGACAGUGAUGAUGAUUCAGUGAGCGAGAUGCAUGGGAAAGAGAGUGUUGUUGGUAUGUGGAGAAGGGCCAGCAAUAUAAGUGAGAGUGUAGACCUGAAUGAAACAACGGACACAAUGGUGACUACUGAAGAGCCAGAUAAUGUUGAUGAUGUGGUUGUCGGUGCUUUGAAUGAUCUCACCGAGUUAUUGAAGGAGGGCUUCGAAUGGGAACAAUGCGCGCGCUGGCUCCGCGCUAUCCGAGAGCGUUUCCCAGCUGCCAGUAAUACAGCCGCGUACUGGGAGUGCCGCGCCGCGCUAGAGGAAACCCGUGGCGAUUUGCCUGCGUCCGUGCAAUGUUGGGAGGAAGCAAUCGCCAAGGGUACAGAGCAUUCAGUAGUCGAGGCGAAUCUGGACCAGUUACUGGACAAGUUCAUGCAAUUAAAGAUAAGUCCGAACAGUGGCAAGCGGCGACAAGCCGACCCAAAGAUGGUGGACGUCAAAAACGUUUUCAAAAGUACCAUCAUACGGUUCGCAGUACAGCAGGCUAAAUUACGCCAAUCCAACGGCAGUCCUCGCUUCACGGCUACCCCUGUGCGUCGCAGCGGUCGGCUCAGCACCCACCCCACGCCGCUCCGCCUGUGCUCAAGUGUUAAACAGCUGCGAGAAACGUACGGUGCGGGGGUCGCGUUCGUGCCAAACGACACGCUGUGUGGCACGCCUUAGGUGUUUGUCACAAAAAACUGUUGGUAAUAUAAAUAAAAUAAACUUCAGACACUAAGAAUCCAAUUAAAAUAAAAAUUUGUGACCUUUAUUAUAAGUACCUAGUAAUAUUUUAACUAAAACAGUCUCACCCUGAAUCGAGGGUAUGAUUAUACUUCUUUAGAGGGCCACUUGGGUUAAAGCAUUACUAGUUAUAACAAAGGUAAAAGACGAACACAUUUUUAGUUUUACUUAGAGGCUCUUUGUGUUAUGGUUAUACUAUAGCAAGCGAUACUUUAUCUAUGUGUGAAUGUAGUGUGCUGGUUGUGCUAUGUUCUUUUGUGAAUGGUUAUUAUACUAGGUAUGACUCUUAUGAGAGAAUGUGUCUGCUUUGUUAACUUCCACUCAUCAGAUAAUAUGAGACUUAACAUCGAUUGUCUCAGGAGGACGAGAGCAUAUAAAUAACAUGCAGAACUUUGAAGAAUCAAAGGGUGAAUUAUUCCUUCAUGUUUAGUGAUCCAUAAUUUUCGACGACGUUCAGCCAGUUUUCCCAAUCUUAAUCCGAUUCCGAGAAUGAACCAACCAAAUAACUCCUUUGAAUGCCUGUCAAAAAAACUGUUCUGAUUGAUCCGUUUUUGAGAUAGAUCGAAAAAAGCGAUUGAGAUCGUUUAUUAAAAAUGGCGGUUUGCGACUGCACGAUGGAUCGACGACUUGAAUGGUGGCGGGUAGCGGAUGAUGAGGGCUGCUCGAGAUCUGCAUGUUUGCUGGUCAUACCAGUGGACGGUGAUAGACUGAUUAAUACAGACUAGCUGGAAUCGUAUUGUUAUUGUAAUGUAGGCCGUUUGCACUUCAAAGUUUUGGAUUGCGUUACUACUAAUUGGACGGUGGCGCUAGUGAAACCAUGCGAGCGAGUUGUUAGUUGUAUCUGAUGUAGAUAGUAUGUAUGUAAAUAAUUUUAAUUUUAUGAUUAUGUGACAAUUUUAUUUUUUAUUUUGUGACUGCUUACACUAUUUUUGGAUAGAAUUUGCGGAUAGUGUAAAUAAAUAUUACUCAGUGUGGAAUGUGUCAGUGUCUAAUACAUAAAAUUAUAGAAGUUAAGCUAUCUGCCAGUUCUAUCGAGAAAUACAGUACUUUUAUUCCAAUUAAUUUCUGAUAUGCUUAUGAUUUACAAUUUACCAAUAUGUGUAUAGUCCGUGGGCCUGUUCAGUAUCGAA